AUGGCAAAUCGUCAACAGAACAAGCAAGAGCUUGAUGACAGAGCAAGGCAGGGAGAGACUGUUGUUCCUGGUGGCACUGGUGGCAAGAGCCUCGAGGCUCAGCAACACCUUGCUGAAGGAAGGAGCAAAGGAGGCCAAACAAGGAAGGAACAACUGGGGACGGAAGGGUACCAAGAAAUGGGACGCAAGGGUGGGUUGAGCACCAUGGACAAAUCAGGAGAACAACGUGCUCAAGAGGAAGGCAUUGAAAUUGAUGAAUCCAAGUUCAGAAAUACUGCCAAUAAUUAA